AGUUUUCAAUUCGGGGGAAAGGAAAAUGCUGCAUCAAAACUUCAACGGCUUCAAACUUAGAUGAGGAAUUAAUUCAGAAGCGCUGGGGACGUUACAGACGCGGCACAGGCGGGAGGGGAGGAACGGUUUAGCCGCGGACAACGGAAGCGGUUCUCUUGUCCUUCAGAAGAAGAUGGCGGCGGCGAGUGAGGCGGAGCGGGCGGUGCUGGAGGAAGAAUUUAAAUGGUUAUUGCGCGAAGAAGUUCACGCUGUCCUGAAACAGCUAAAAGAUAUUCUUAAGGAGGCCUCUCGGCGCUUUACUCUCUCAGCUUCUGGAUCUGAAGGUCAAACCCGACAGGAGAACUUCAAACUUGGAAGCUCAUCCACAGAUCAGGUGAAGGGUGUCCUGACGUUACAAGGAGACGCAUUGACUCAAGCAGACAUUAACCUGAAGCUGCCUAAACACAACCAGGUUCUGCAUUGCACCUUCAGGGAGGACAAACAGUGGAAAAUACAGCAGAUUCAGGAUGCCAGGAAUCACGUUGGUCAAGCUUUGUAUCUCCUAAAUAGCAGAGAUCAAACUUACCAGUUUAAGACUGGGGCAGAGGUCAACAAGCUCAUGGAUGCAGUAAUGUUGCAGCUAACCCGUGCUCGCAAUAGACUGACCACUCCUGCAGUUAUGACGCUCCCAGAAGUAGCUUCGAGCAGUUUAAUGAAAAUGUUCACGCCAUCUCUUCCUGGUGACGUCUUUGCCAACUUCUACAUUAAUCUGAGCAAACUUUGUUUCAUUGUCUACCAGCUUCAUCUUCUGCAGCCCAAUUUGAAUAAGAACUUCAAAGCAGCUGGGAGCUCUGUGCUGCACAACCCGGGAUCCAUGUUUGAGAUUAAUAACCAGAAGUUUGAAGUUAGCCAUGUACACAAAGUGGAAUGUGUGGUCCCCUGGCUAAAUGAUACGCUUGUUUUCUUUACCAUUGCUCUACAGCUUUGUCAGCAACUGAAGGAUAAGGUCUCCGUUUUUUCCAAUUACUGGAACUUCAAGCCCUACUGAUGCUGAUCGACAGACUAAAUGAAGAUCAGUUUGCACUUUGUACUCACUUACUGCUGCAGCUCCUAGUCUGUCUACUGUAAAUGCUGUGUGUGUGAAUUUUUUUUAUCAAAUAGGUUACACUUGGUGCACUUUUCCCACCUUCCUUUGCCACGUUUUUAAUGAGUUGGAUCGCUUAUGGAGCAAGCCUGGCCUAAUGAUAAUUGGAAAUAUCCCACGAUGGUGAAGUUUGAGCCACCAGCGGGCCUUAUUUUUCUCAGAGCAUUAGGCUUUAUGGCAUAGGCUGAAGUUGAACUGAUGAAGGACGGUGACAUGCUCAUUUGUUAAAUAAUUGGUGUCGAAUUUUACAGAUUUUGACCAUUUUCAAGCUCUGGGCGAAGGGGAAUGAAGAAAGGAAAGUUCCCUCAAAGCUCAGUGUUCAACCACUAAAAUCAAUGCUUAUGAGCUAUUUACUAGGAAGCUAUAAGAACAAAAACUAUACAUUAUACCUCUUUUGGGUCAGUCUUAUCUUUUUGAGACUUUGCUUGUGUCUUCAUCAAGAUAAAAUGGAUAGUUAAUAAUGUAGUUUAAUUGUAAACACAUCAUGCUUACUCUACAAUUUGUAUAUUACAUUUCCAUGAUAUUGUGUUAGCCUUGCGUUUGUGCUGGUCAUAAAUUAAUCAGAUCCUGAAGUUUGUGUUUACGUUAAUGACAACUGUUGCACCAGAAAUUAGAUUAUUCCUGGAAUCUGGGGCGUGCACAUUAAAGGUUUAGAGAUGUAGAUGGACCAAAAAUAAGAACCAUCGUUACACAGAUAAUAGACUUCAGGGGGUGUGGUAUGCUAGGUGAAAUGAGGUCGUUCAUGGAUUAAUAUGCAAUGUAACAAAAAACAAAUGGGAGCUUUUCAUGCAGUCGAGCAGUUAAUAAGAAUUAAGGUCAGUUGUGUUGUGUAUGUAAUUUAUAUGGAGUCUUGCGGACAUGAACAUUUUAACCACUGAAAUACUGGAUUUUAAAUAGCCGAGCUAAUGUAAAUGUUUCAUUUUGAACACUAAUUUAACAAAGAACAGUAUAACUGCAUUGAAUAUAUAUUCCAAUAAAGAGAAAUCUUUGCUGGAAGUGUAGGCUGUUCUCUGAAGUCACCAGGCAUGAUUCAGUAGAGUAGGCACAAGGAACAACCUGACAAAGUUCCCUAAUGCUGGUCAUAAAUGAGAUGUAUUUAUGUAUUUCAACAGAAUAAUUUUCUAUCGAUAAAUGUCUGAAUUACCAUUAAUAAACAUUCAUAUUUCUGUUUGCACUGGAUUUAGAUGUUUGUCCUUGUUAUGUGAGACAAUUAGAUUUUUCUAUUGCAAAAGCAAACUGCUGGAGCUCAGCUGGUUGAGCAGCGCUUGAUGGGAGGGAAAGGAGCCGAUAUUCCAGGCCAAACCCCUUCAUUAGGGCUAAAAAUUGGGAACAAUAAUCUUUCCUCUCCACUCUUGGACCAGACAGUUGUUUGUGUUCCACAUUGAUCUUUCCUGUGACUAUUGAAUUUUUUCAGUGUAAUAAUUACAGGAAGGACACAGUUAAAAGAAAUUACAAACAUAUUAUUCAAAAUGUACUGUGAUCAUUUGAAGUUCCAGCACUGGUUAGAUUGAGCAUUGUUCAAAUUGUCUAUGCUUUUAACCAAAUAAGGUGGUACUCUUCAAACCACUUAUUUUCUGUUCUCUUAAUUGUUGAAUGAGUUCCAUGAUAUUCAGACUUACAUUGCUUGUGUAGUUGUUACAGUGCCCGCCAUAAUGUUUGGGACAAAGACCCUUUGCUUAUUUAUUUGCCUCUGUACUGCACAAUUUGACAUUUGUAAUAGAAAAAUUCACGUGUGGUUAAAGUGCACAUUGUCAGAUUUUAUGAAAGGCCAUCUUCGUACAUUUUGGUUUCACCAUGUAGAAAUUAUGCUGUGUUUACACAUAAUCCCCUCAUUUCUGGGCACCAUAAUGUUUGGCUUCAGAGUUGUUUGUAAUUGCUCAGGUGUGUUUAAAUGCCGCCUUAAUGCAGGUAUAAGAGAGCUCACAGCACCUAGCAUUUCCAUCACCAUUGGAAAAUGUUAUUGCUGUUCAUCAACAUGAGGACCAAAGUUGUGCCAGUGAAAGUCAAAUAAGCCAUUAUGAGACUGAAACAAGAAUAAAACUGUUAGAGACAUCGGCCUAUUUCCUUCGCUCCAUAGAUGCUGCCUCACCCGCUGAGUUUCUCCAACAUUUUUGUCCACCUCAAAACUCAUUGGCCGGUGGUUCAUGCUACUGCAAGACAAUGAUCCCAAACAUACUUCUAAAGCAACAAAGGAGAUUUUCAAAGCUAAAAAUGGUAAAUUCUUGAGUGGCCAAGUCAAUCACCCGAUCUGAACCCAAUUGAGCAUGCCUUUUAUAUACUGAAGAGAAAACUGAAGGGGACUAGCCCCCAAAACACACAUAAGCUAAAGAUGGCUGCAAUACGGGCCUGGCAGAGCAUCACCAGAGAAGACACCCAGCAACUGGUGAUGUCCAUGAAUCGCAGACUUCAAGCAGUCAUUGUAUGCAAAGGAUAUGCAACAAAAUACUAAACAUGACUACUUUCAUUUACAUGAUAUUGCUGUGUCCCAAACAUUUUGAUGUUUUGAAAUAGGAGGACUAUUUAUAAGCACUGCUGUAAUUUCUUCAUAGUGAAACCAAAAUGUGUAAAAAUGGCCUUUAUUAAAAUCUGACAAUGUGCAAGUUUAAUUUUUGUUUCUCAAUUACAAAUAUCAAAUUGUGGAGUACAGAGGCAAAUAAAUAAAUGAUGGGUCUUUGUCCCAAACAUUAUGGUGGGCACUGUAUAUGCCUCUUAAAGAUUUGAGCAUUCUUUAAUGAAUAGAAACAACAGUUUAGAGUCUUGAAAUAAAAAAAUGCUGGAAACACUCAAGAUAGACACAAAAUGCUGUGUAACUCAGCAGGUCAGGCAACAUCUCCGGAAAAAAGGAAUAGGUGACAUUUCGGGUUGAGACCUUUCUUCAGACCCACUCAGCAUGUCAGGCUGCAUUUGUAGAAAAAACAAAACAGGGUGAACAAUUCAAGAAUGAGAACCUAACGAAUGUUGACUCUUCUUCCUCCUUCCACAGAUGGUGCCCAACCUGCUGAGUGUUUCCAGCUUUUUCUGGUUUUAUUCCGAUUUGCAGUAACUGCAAUUCUUUUGACUUUUAUAGCAGAAUACUGUACUACUAUCAUUGCUCCUGCAUUUAGCAGAUGUGUGCACAGGAUGGUAUAAAGCAUCUUCAACAGCUGAUUCCUGAAUUGGUCUUCAGAGUAACAGACUGAUGCUUUCCCUGUUUAAAUGAAACAGCUUUCAAUAGAUCAUAGUUCAUUGAAUAUAGCUGCCCUUUUGCUGCUUGUUGCCUUUGCCUCUGGAGGUUCAGCCUGCAGCUUGGACUUCAUUUGUGGGAAGAUGUUACGCUUCACUUCCUUGCCUGGUUUGCUGAUGCAAAACUAGAUUUCUAUUCUAAAAACAAUUAAACUGCAGCGUAAGUAGAUCAAAUACAUGGAUUCCUUAUUUAAGGCAUUCUGAUAUAAUGUUACUUGUGAAACUGCACAUUGUCAGACAUUUUGAAGUUAUUGGCUGAGACAAUUAGAUAGAUCUGAUUUUAUUAGUGAGCAGAAUGGAUAAGCUUGUAAAAAAAAGUGAUGUCUUCCAGUAUCAUGUAAUAUGAAUGUAACUUCAAUAUAGUUGUUCUGUUAAUGUUUGUGACCCAGCUUUAAAGAGAACAUUUUGAUAACUGCUACAUAUGUAAAAAUGCAACUGGGAUCAAUCAUACAUUGCAUCGAUUGUUAAAUUGUUCGGAAUAUUGUGUGGACCACGCUAAAAACAUUCGUAUUGUAUCUGCAAUAAAGUAUUGAGUUCAACAAA